AUGUUUACAUUUAAUUCGAUCAUGCAUAAAAAUAUAAAAACUGAGAAUAAUGCGGUGAUGGCGGAUGGCGCGGGCGCGGAAGCGGGCGCGGGCGAGAGCGCAGCGCGCGGUGCGGCCCUCGAGCGUGCCUACGUGCACGACGUGUACGACCAGGCGGGCGAAGAUGAGCCUAGCGAGCCCGCGCCCGCCGUCACUACAUUCCUCAAGGAACUUGAGCCGGGUGCCCUCGUCUGCGAUGUCGGUUGUGGAAAUGGAAAAUACCUGAGUGUGAACCCCUCUGUCUUCGCAGUGGGUGGAGACAGAUGUACCAGACUAUCGACGCAAGCGCACCAAACUAACAAUGAGGUUGUUGUAUGCGACAACCUCAGUCUACCGUUCCGCGAUGAAUCAUUCGACGCGGUACUCUCUAUUGCCGUGGUCCACCAUUUUGCAACAGUGGAAAGGAGAGCCAUGGCACUACGAGAGCUCGCCAGAAUCACCAGGAUCGGUGGUCGAUUGCUCCUCACUGUGUGGGCUAUGGAGCAUGAGGGACGGAACUUCCAUUCACAGGAUGUUCUGAUACCUUGGCAUAGACCCGUGACGUUAUGUCCUCCACCACCAGCACCACGGUUCCUUUCCGUAGAGCAUGAUCAAAGCGCCGAGCCGUGGAAAAGUCACGAUGGCUCGCCUGGAUCAUCAUCUUUGUCAUCUCCAAAUGAAACUUGCUAUUCAUUCGUGAGAAGAGCAUUACAAAGGAUAGCUGGUCGACGAUCGUUUCUUCCUUCUUGGAAUCUUGGAUCGAGGGUAAACUUAAGAGCUUGUCCUCGUGGCCAACUGGAACCACCGGCGGCUGAUCUACCUAUUGAAUUACGAAGAUUGGAUGAAGUUCUACCUUCAAGAUUGAUAGCGCAAUCUUCAGAGACAUCUACACUAAAGUCUAGAAGUCUCACCGAUAUCGCAGAUGUAGAACGACAUGCCAUGGUUAGAUCGAGGUCGAGUCUCCCAAGUCUCGGUGGAGAGGGGCACGAACCACCAACAAUACAACCACCUCCGACUGACGUACCAGAACAACGAAAAAAGCCGAAAUUAGUCAAACAAAAAAAAUCUAUUAAUGAAGAUGACGCAGAAGAGGAUUUAGAUAAACCAACGGACAUGAAAAGCCUUGUCGAAGAGAUGCCUAAUUUCAAAGUUCAUACAUACAGAGCGCAAUCGAGAAAGCCAGGCGUCUUCAAGCAAACUUCCCUAAACGAAGAACUUAUGUCAGUAGAAAGGUUACGAGAGAAAGAACGUUUAAGAAAAAAUAUACAAAAGCAAGCGUCACUCAAUGAAGAAUAUUUAUUUCGAAGGCCUGGAACUUUUGACUCAAUUCGUGAUUCAAUAUUCUCAACAUCAGCCACUACUGCAAAGAAGUUUCAGUCACUUAAAAAUGGUCUUACAAAUAAAUUCAAAACCUCUACAACGAAUAUAGAUAAAGUAACUGUUUUCGUCAGAAUGUUGCAAGGCUGGAAAAAUCAUGGACCUGCUCCUGAGGUUCCAACAACACCAAGUGAUACCAAUUCAAACAGUGAGAAAACUUGCCCCGAAAGGAGACAUUCUAGGGAAGAUGGUUCAGAUUCAUCAAAAGAUAGCAGCUUACAAAGUGAUACAAGUGUCGAUUCCGAAGACAGUUUUGCUUCAGUUAUAUAUGUACCAAAGGCUGAUGGAAGCGAUCCUCUAUCACCAACCCCUUUAUCUCCUGGUCCAACCUCACCAAGAUUAAAAGUAUCUUCAGUACCUACUUCCCCUAGGAUGAAAAAUUCCCCUGGUUUACCUUCACCGAGAAUUAAACAGUCAUUUCCUUUAAUAAGACCUCCAUCUUCACCUAAUGCUGUACAAGCAGCUGCUAAUUUUAAUAAGAUACUAGUGGCUCAAUAUAGCUUGAAAAAUUAUUCUACCACCAAUAACGCCCCUGUUAUUUCUAUAAAGCCCCAAUCAAAGAGCCAGCCCAAUUCACCACCAAAACCUGAGGACGAAACCAAAACUAUAAGUACAGCAAUUGAAACUUUGCCCAUACUUAAUAAAACUAUACCAAUUUCAGUCCCAGAAAUAUAUGAAGAAAUCGAUCCAAUACCUCCUAUCAAAGAAGAAGAAGAAUUUAUUGAAACUCCUUCUGAAGUGACGAAGGAACUUAUCGCAGAAAUAAAUAAAGACAUUGAAGAGAUCCACAAGCUGACAUUAGAAACAAAUGAUCUCAAGCCUCGCAUACUUCAAGAUACAAAGCCAUAUCCCAAAAUAACUCUUCAAACUGUUGCUGAAUUACCAGAGAUACCGCAGUAUAAACAUAAAGACAAAUCUGAUGUAUUAGACUCAAGACACGCAGAUAAAAAGCGAAAAGAGAGAAUAAGGCAAAUAAAAGAAAUGUUAAAUAAAGGGAUUCCUUCUUUAAGUAUAAGUCGACGGCCACCGUUUCCAAUUGUACGAACGACAGGAAAAUCUGAACCUAUUGCCAAGAGUCAUCCAAAACUUAUGUCCUUAGAACUAUUUAAUCCUGCUGUUGAUGACAUGGACAGUGAUUCCAGUGGAGUUUCUUCUCCCGAUUCAGUUGACAGCGUAAUCAGUGUAAUACCCGAAGAAUUGCGCAAAAUGGCGAUGGAAAAAGAUUUGUCUACUUCCGAAUUAGAAGCAAAGAAAGCUGAGCCAGCUUCCGAAAAAAUAACCGCCAACAAGAGUAGUUCACCAAAUGUUUUAGAUGCUGUGGCUGAAGUGGCACAAUCAUUGGAUGAUACAUGUGAAACGAUUAUUCAUACAAGUCCUAGAUCUAAACGGAAACAUUUUGAAAAAGUAGAGAGUUCUGAUACAACGGCCAUAGUUCAAGGAGCUUCAAGUAGUAGCAGUAGUAGUAAUUGGAGUUUAAAUAAACUUUCACCGGGAGAUUUGAGGCUAUUAGAAGAUAAAUCUCGAUCACAGUCACAUACAAGUUCAAGUGGAAGUUCUUCUAGCUUAGAACGACUUUCGCCAGGCAGACGGUCAAAAGACCGAUCCCCAAAGCUAGGAAGUACAAGUAAUUCAACGUGGAGCUUAAACAGGCUAUCCCCAAAUAGACCAGAAGGCCGUUCACUUGACGAGAAUUACACAAAGAGUCAUCGCAGUCCAACACGUUUACCUUACGAUUCAAUAUCAAUAUCCAGCACAGACUCAGAGAAGUCAAUUUCCAAAUCAGAAAGUUUCAACAGAAUUCAAGCUAACGAACCUUUAGUCACUUGUAAAUCUGACAUGAUAGCAAAAGAUGAAGAUUGGGUAGAUCAAGACCGGAGUCAACACUUAACUGAAUUUGCUGAAAAACUCAGUGAAAAACUUUUACAGGAAAUUGAUCAUUAUUCAAAACGCAUUAGCGAAGAAGACUUUGAUCUUCCGAGCAGUAGCAGCAGCGAAAAAAGUAUAUCCUUAAGACUGAAACGGGAAGAGGAAGACAGAAACACUCAAAAGAUAUUAGAUGAGCUGUCAGAUAGUCUACAGCAUCUUGAAGAUCCCUGUCUAACCAAGAGUGAUAAGGGGAAUGAAAGCCUUAGUAUAGGAAAAAUAUGUGAAAAAACUAAGUAUGUUACUUGUUUACAAGAUACACAAGAAGUUGAUAUUAAUAAAUUAUUUCCUAAGUGUUCAACAAAAACUAAAAGCAAGAAGAGAUCCAAAGACGUAGACCCAAUCAUAAACAAAUACAGAGAACUCAAGAAAACUAUGAAAGUAACAAGCGAAGAGGACAUAUUUUUAAAUAAUUGUGCCAAUAUUCAAUACAACAUAAAACCAAUAACAGAUGAAAAGCUCCCGGAUACGAUAGAAUUCAAAAAUCCUGACGAUGACAGUGCAAUCUCCUCCAGCAAUGGUAAUCCAGAGAUAACAAUCGACUCUGGGGCUUAUGAUACAAGUCAAUCACUGGAAACUGGAUAUUCACUGGAGUCAGAAAUCAGCGUGGACUCCCUCUGUACUAGUACUGACAAAAGGUCUUCGUUGAAAGUGGGUCAGUCAACUGACUCUAGCGACUUGGACAAAAUGGAAAUAAGUCCUGAAUCCAUAACUUCUCGUUCAAGCACAAGCACUGCGCCUUUAAAAUCUGGCUUCUCCAUCGAAUCAAGUGAUACUUCCGCCGGAUGUGACUGGAGUCGUAGAGACAAGACGGGAAGUACUGCUUCCUUGGGCUGUGCUAGUUUGGCUUCCCUGCCUUCCUGUAGUGAAUGCUCUAAGGAGAGAAAGUUUUUAGAAAUGCGUUCGUCAUCAGAGGAUACCGCAACAAUGCCAGUGGUACCACCGCGAUUGCCGCACGCCCCGCUCCUGCCCUCACUGAGCGACGGCUCUGACAGCCUUCCUUCAGAAGGGGGAGCAGUAACCUAUCAUCGAUAUUAUCAUGUCUUUAAAAAAGGAGAGCUUGAUCAAUUAAUUGAAAAGUACGUAGAAAGUCUUCACGUGGUAUCCUCAUACUACGAUCAGGCGAGCUGGUGUGUUAUUGCUGAAAAAGUGCAAGUGUGGACUAUUUAA